AUGACAUCCACGGAGCACACAAUGAUCGUCAGCGGCAUCGAAAUACCAUCACUUAACUUACCAGAUGACAACUGUUUAUCGGCAGAAAAUCAAACGUUAUCUCAUAGUCCAAGUGAACCGUGGAUUUUUGCUCCAAUCGCUGUUACAAUUCAGAAGAUGACAAUGAAAAAGCCACCUCAGCUUCAUGAAACCAAUGAGACGAAAACAGCUUUCUUCUUUCAGACAUUGCUGCCAUUCUUGGCUGCUGGAUUGGGAUUAAUAGCUGCUGGCCUUUUGUUGGAAAAAGCUGAGACUAUGAGGUUUUUUACGACAAUUCCGGAUGUCGUCACAUUGGUUCCAACACUCUUGGGCUUAAAAGGGAAUUUGGAGAUGACAUUGGGAUCUCGCUUAUCAACAUUAGCUAAUCUCGGGUUUAUGGAUACAGGUUCACAAAAAUUUUCUGUUGCUGUUUCAAAUUUGGCUUUAAUCCAAUGUCAAGCCAUAAUGGUAUCAUCUCUUUCCGUAUUGCCAGCUGCUUUAUUUGGAGAGAAACAAUUCAAUGUUCAUGAUUUCACCUGUUUAUUGCUAUCGACAGUUGCAACUGCAGCUAUAGCAGCCUUUCUUCUGGGAACAAUAAUGAUUCUGGUUGUGAUUAUAUCCAAAAAAUACAAAAUAAAUCCUGAUAAUAUUGUGACACCGGUAGCUGCUACACUUGGUGAUGUCGUCACGCUGGGAAUACUGCUUCUCGUUGGAACUUUUUUUUUAGACAUUCGACAUGACUAUCUAUGGCUUCUGCUUUUCCUUUUAUUUGUUUUUUAUGUGAUUGCUGGCUUGAGUGCUUAUCGGGCUUCCCAAGAUCAAUUUACCACUGAAGUUUUGAGACAUGGCUGGUGGGCUGUGUUUGCUGCUAUGCUUAUUACGCUUGGCAGUGGUUUCGUUUUGAAAUCGUCCAUGCACAAGUAUCCUCCGAUUGCAGCUUUCCAGCCUUUGGUUAAUGGAGUGGGUGGAAACUUGGUCGGCGUACAGGCUAGUCGUAUUAGCACAGGCUUACAUCGUGCAAGAAAGAAUAAAUCGAAAGAGACGAGCAGUCUAUGGGUUCAUGCUAGUUGCUGGCAUGCAUUCGUUCAAAACAAUGAAGAUUCGAUCACAUCCAGAAUAUUGAUAGCAAUCUCUGUUCCUGGAAAUUUUUUGUUCAUCACAAUCAUUUUCCUUAUUGGCUGUGGUUUUGACAACAAUGUUCCGUUCACAGUCCUUUUCCUAUUGGUUGGAUUAAUUCAAGUUAUAUUCUUGCUUUAUCUAUGUCAAUUUCUUGUACGUGCUAUGUGGAAAAUGCGUAUUGAUCCGGAUAAUUCAGCAAUUCCCAUACUAACAGCAAUCGGUGAUCUGAUUGGAGCAACCUUACUUAUAACUUCUUUUACAAUUCUUGUUAACUAUUUUAAAAUGGACAUACCAACAGUUGAUAAUCAUUAA